AGGAGAGCUGGCACCAGUCGAAGAUCGGGCACGCCAACUGCGUGGAGCAGUUCUCCGCGGCGGUGCACGUGAACGGCGGAGAGGACGGGGAAGACGUGGGCAUCCAGGACAGGGUGCUCCACGUCGUCACGCUGCCGUGGAAGCUCAUGUGCGCCUGCAUCCCUCCCACGGACUACUGCGGCGGCUGGGUCUGCUUCUGGAUCUCCCUGAUGGCCAUCGGGUGCGUUACCGGCGUCAUCAGCGACCUGGCCAGCCUGCUGGGUUGCGUCGUCGACAUGCCAGACGAGGUGACUGCGAUCACCCUCGUGGCGCUGGGCACCUCUUUGCCCGACCUCUUCGCCUCCAAGACCGCCGCGCUGAACGAGCCUUACGCGGAUGCCUCGGUCGGCAACGUGACCGGCAGCAACUGCGUGAACGUCUUUCUCGGCGGGGCCGCUUGCAGUAAUGCGUUGCAGAGAUGUCCCAUCCUGCCGUGCUGCUGCUCCAGAAGAG